AAAAAAAAAAAAAAAAAAAAAACUCUUCUUUGCUCCUUCCUUCCCUUCAUCCUCCGAAGCUUAGAAGCAUCACGACAAAAUCAAAGGGUUCAUUGAUAUAUAUUGCCCCAUUUGCUGGUAUCAAAAAAACAUGAGUCUGUGUAGCGAUGGGUUAUCGAGCGAUCAGUACUUCUUGGUUAAUUUCAUCAUGAGUAAUUAUUUGGGUCCUGAUGUGUAUUCUGAUAACCCAAGAUGCUCAGCUUCUCAGAGAUUAGCUAAAGGUUUACCACCUUACACUUCGAUGCACGUUGGAUCUUCUUCUCUCACUGUUGCGCAGCUACAGAACCUUUACUAUAAUGUAGUGAGAAACGCCAACUCCAGCCUCCUUCUCCAUCCUGACAUGAUUUAUAUGUAUCUCAAGGGAUAUCUACCUAUGGAACCCAUUGGAGAGUUUCCUCAGUUUACGUCUUUUCUCCCCACGAAUCUUCACCAGCAGAAAAGGUAUUCCCCGAGUCACGAGAUUGUGAAAGGGAUUGUUGUUAUCGAUGAACCUGCACUGGACUUCGUGAGCAAGGAAGAGCUUCAAAGAUUCAGAUGCUUGUCGCGUUUGAAUGACCUUAAAAUCGAUAGGGUCAUGUCUCUGUGUCCUCCACGUGUGCAGCUGGAUGAGAGCCGGGGAACAGAGCAGGACUGUUCGAGAAAUGGGGAUGCAGCGACAUCUAAUGGACUUGUUACUAGUGAAGACUACAAUUCAUCUGGAGAGCCUCGAGAAACAUGCAAGAGAAAGAAUGAGGAAGAAGAAGCAGUUGUUAGUUCUCUGAUCAGUAAACCAGAUAGACUUUCUGUGGACAUUCCAGAAAGCCAGGGAAUGGAGCAGGAUUGCUCAAGAAACGGAGAAAGUGUAUCCAGUGGAAUUGUCUCUGACCAAGACUACUACUCUUUUGUGGAGCUUCGAGAAACAUGCAAGCGAAAGAAAGGGGAAGAAGCAGUUGCUGUUUCUGGAAUAAGUAAAACCCCUGAAAGAUUUCGGGAGACAUACAAGAGAAGACGGUUCAAGAACUCGUCAAAAAAGGCAACAAAUAAGAAUGAAACUAUUAGGGAAAGAGGCGAAACAGAUAAACUCACCAGUCAGGCUUUUAUACCUGUUCUUCCUCCUGACAUGAAGGAAUGUGAUGCAGAACCGUCGGUUGUCACAACCGGAACAGCCAGUAAAGGAACGCUAGGACCAUCUGUUGGUGUUGUUGACAUUGGUGUCAACAAAGUUGCUUACUUUUUUCAAGUUGCUUUGCCUGGUGUCCGCAAAGAUUACGGUGAAUUCAGCUGUGAGAUUGAAUCAGAUGGUAAGGUGAUACUUGAGGGAUCGACUACAGCAGGCGAGAAAACAAUCAAGAGGCAUUCUCGGGUUUUCGAAAUGACUAUCCGGAAGCUGUGUCCCUCUGGACCGUUCAAGAUGUGCUUUAGCCUUCCAGGACCAGUUGAUCCACGGCUAUUCUCUCCUAAUUUCAGAUCAGAUGGUAUCUUCGAGGCUGUCAUCAUCAGACACAAAGACUCUUAACUAAACCGGAGGUUCCUACAAGUUGAAAACUUCAGGAUCUCUGUAAAUCUUUUUGUGUUAAUGGAUACAGAAGCUAGGCCAAUCAAACCUCAUGUAAAGGACAGAUCAUUCACUCUUUGUUCAUCUUUUAGGACAUGACACCGUCGAUUUUGCUUGCUCA